CAAGUUAUUCCCUCGAAGAAGAAGCCAUUUCAAUUAAUACUUCGGAAGACAAAAAUUGUAGUUUUUGGUUUCAAAGAACUUCAGUAUUUUCGCGUGCAAGAUGAAACGGCCAAAGGAGGAUGACAAGGAUAGUGCCACAAUGAAUCUUAAUUCCAUAACCAUGAGCAUGAGUGGCAAUGGAAACGACGUGGGCCUGGUCACAUCGGCAGUUCGAACAACAGGACGCGUUAAGAAACCCAAGCAAGUGUACGAUCCGUCUGACAAUUAUAUAUCACGUGUAGCACGUAAUUCACUGCCGGCUCCAGUAACAAGUUCUAUUGCUGGACAAGGAACAGGAACGGCAAUUACUGGCCUUGGAGCGUUAAUUGGCAGCGCAUUAGCUUCGACUCCCACAACCCCAGUGGCUAUUGGCCGUGGUCCAGGAGGCGGCAACAGUGGAAGUCGUGAAGCUCUCUCGUCCAGUGGCGGGGAAGUAUCGCCAGCUCUGACAGAAGACCAGCAACAGCAACGUAAUAUGGAUACCUGUGUGAAGUGCAGCAAAAGUGAACCCAAACGUGGCUCGGGUCACAAAAGCAAUUUUAUUACCUGCAAAUCCUGCAUGCAAAAAUGUCAUUUUGCCUGCCUGCCGCUCAAUUUUGAGAAUUUGACCAUGGCACGCAAGAAAUACAAGUGCGAGAAGUGCCGCUACUGUUCGUACUGCAACAGUAAAGGGAAGGAAAUACUAAUCAUUCUAUGUUCCAGCUGUGUCGAUGGCUACCACUUUGAAUGCCAUAAUCCGCCGCUUAAUGCCUCUAUUCUGGAUGAUCGCGAAUGGAAAUGCCAUAAAUGCGAUACCAAUGCAUAUGCCAUGGUAGAUCAGCAGCAGCCACAACAGCUGCCGCAUCGCCCGGAAGUGCGCAAAGCCAUUGCUGGUCGCAGGAAACGUAUACAAUCUCAAUUGCCGCAAGAGAGGCAGCCAUCGAAAUUUGUACGGGCCAAGAGCGAAGAGCGCGUCCCGAGUCAUAAUUCCGAUCCAAUCAAGAUUUUGUCACAGUCAUCUGUUGUUGUGGCAGACGAUGAAGAGAUAAUAAGUGAGCAACAGCAGCAGCAGCUGGCGGAGGACGUAAAGGAGGAACAACCCGUCGACUCCGCCGCCGCAGCCGCCGACGACGAUGCUGCCAUAUGCACAUCUCCUCAACUAACUCCGCCGCCUUCAUGCUCAUCGCCUGGGAAAUUGACACUUAUUUGCACACAGACAAACAAUGUCCAGGAGAUCACUACUUCCUCCUCUUCUGUGUCUCCUGUGGCUCACUUUCAAUAUCAACACAUUUCCAAAUGGUCUGUGGAUCAGGUUGUUGAAUUUGUGGCCAAACACUACCCCAUCGAGGCGAAGGUGCUCCGCUAUCAGGAUAUCGAUGGUGCUUCGUUGCUGCUACUUACUCGCAAGGAUGUCAUCAAAAGUUUUGGCCUUAAAUUGGGUCCAUCGUUGCGUCUCUAUGAGCUAAUCGCUGGAUUACAGAAUAGCGCCGACGAUGUGACUAUUGGGUGGCUGGACUAGUCUAUAAGCAUUUUUUUAGAUUUUAACUUUUAUAUAUAUAUAUAUACAUACAUAUAAAUACUACAUAUAUAUGACUCCCCUAAGUUUUAUUUGAAGUGUUGUAAUCUUUACUUUCAUGCAGAAUUAUCAUUAUUAUUUUUUUUUUUCUUAAUCUUAAAUCUCGUUCUGUCUGUCGACUCUCAUGGAAUAUAAUAAAUGUUUAAGUUUAGCUCUUUGCAACGUUAA